AUGGUUGUAGCCAUUUCGAUAUGGUUCUCACUCUAUUAUGUAUAUCCCUAUUGUGUAACCUACCGACACCUGAAAAAGAUCCCAGGACCAAUUGUUGCCAAAUUCAGCAACAUCUGGGUCGGAUUAGGCGCUCGUCGCGGUCAGAAAUUCGCCGUGGUCGACUCGGCGCACCGAAAAUAUGGCCAAGUCGUUCGGAUAGGGUUCAAUCAUGUGUCUAUUGCAGAUGAACGGGCCCUAAAAAUCGUGUAUGGACACGGUAACGGCUUUCUCAAAGAAGAGACCAGCCACUAUUAUGAAGCAUUUAUCGCUCGAACGCCUGGUAUGUUCAGUGUACGCGACCGAGCGGAACAUACACGGAAGCGAAAGAUCAUUUCCCAUGCUUUCUCGCCUAAAUCAGUUGCUGCCUUUGAGCCUUUCAUGGCAGAAAAUCUACAACGAUGGACAUCACAGCUGGAUCGGAUCGCGGCUUCUCAGCCCCAGCUCGACGGAAAGCAAUUCGCUCGAUACAAUGCAAUGCCUUGGUUCAGUUACCUUGCAUUCGAUAUCAUCGGGGAUUUAGCGUUUGGGUAUCCAUUUGGCAUGGUCAACAAGGGUAAGGAUGAGAUAGAAACACAACUUGUGCCCGGAGGACCGAUCUCGUAUGCCCCCGCGGUCGAAGUAUUGAACCGACGAGGCGAAGUCUGCUCGACAUUAGGUCUUCUGCCGGCGCUACGUCCAUGGGCAAAGCGUCUUCCAGAUCCAUUCUUCACCAAGGGGAUUGCAGCCGUGGAGAACCUGACAGGGAUUGCUGUUGCAGCUGUCGCGUCAAGACUUGAUGUUACAGAGAAAGGGAUGGUUGAGUUGCGGAACGACAUCUUAGCGCGCUUGCUACAAGCAAAGGAUGCUAGUGGUCGGCCAAUGGAGCGAGACGAGCUCAUAGCAGAGGCGCUGACUCAACUGAUUGCUGGGUCUGACACAAUAUCCAACACAGCAUGUGGUAUCUUUUACUGGAUUUUGCAUGGAGAACGCAGCGCCCCGGGAACAAUAAUUCCUCGACUCCAAGACGAACUAGAUCAAGCAAUUGGUUCAGGAGCUGAAGCCGCGUCUUACUCUGAAGUCAAAGAUCUCCCAUUCCUGCGAAGGUGCAUCGAUGAAGCGAUGAGGCUGCAUUCUACUUCGGCUAUCGGUCUACCCCGUCUGGUAGCUGACAACGGAGGCGUCGAGUUUGAUAGCUUUUAUUUUCCACCCGGAACGGUACUCUCGGUUCCUUCGUAUACAAUACAUCACAUGCGAGAAAUCUGGGGAGACGAUGUUGAGGAAUUCAAGCCCGAUCGCUGGUUGAACCUGUCUGCCCGUCAGAAGACCGCCUUCAAUCCAUUUUCGUACGGACCCCGAGCCUGUGUUGGACAGAAUGUGGCUAUUAUGGAGCUGCAGUUAAUUAUUGGAACUUUGUUUCACCGGUAUGAGUUUGUGCUAUAUCAGUCUAUCAUGAAAUCCCAUGAAGGAUUCUCUAAGAAGCCUGAGGAGUGUCAUGCAGGAAUCAGACUGAGAAACCAAGAUUGA